CUGCCAUUGCUUUCAAUGAUUUUCAAUGUGGAGGAGGGUCCUGAAGCUUGUUGUUGGAGUGACACACCAAAAAGUAAACAGACAUUUGUAUGAAACAUGAACCACCAUCUCCUGGCUGAUUCACACGUUCAUUAGUAUUAGUAACCAUUCCCUGAAUAAACUGGUGAAUGAUGAAGCUGCGGGUCCGGGUCAAUAAACAGACCACUCGAGUGGAGCUGAGCGGAGAGGAUCCGACACUAGCAGAGCUGAGCAGCACCCUCAGGGAGUCCAUAUUGCCUGGUCUGGGCUACAGUUCUGGCUCAGAAUUCACCCUCUCCCUGAAUGGCAAGGAAGCUCUCACAGACACUGGGCAGACCCUGACGGCCUGCGGUAUUGUAUCUGGGGAUCUCAUCUGUGUGGUCCUGCCAGAGGCCUUCCCAGCUCCCAUGCCUUCUCCAGCCCAGAACCACCCUCUCCCUCCAGAGCCCAGGGAGCUACAGACACAGACACAGUCUCGACCUUCACACAGUGAGGAGAGCAGAAGAGCAUUGCAUCAGAACAGCAGGGACACAGCGGGCCACCGGCCAGAGGCAGGGUUCAGGGGCUGUGCGAUGGAGACAGUCACAGGAUGCAGUGAUCAUGAUGAUGGGGUGGGUGGCUUCACUCCUGAGCCCAUGCUGUGCAGCGAGGCAGUGAACGGGAAGGUGCCCCACUCUUUAGAGACCCUCUAUCACCUGGCUCAGAGCAGCAGCCCCUGUGAUGCACUGGUGGUGGCUGUGCAUCUUCUGAUGCUGGAGACGGGCUACCUGCCGCAGGGCUCCGGAGUGGGGGCAGCGGACAUGCCUGCUGGUUGGAGGGCUGGAGGGCUUUACAGACUGCAGUACACACACCCACUGUGUGAGGGAGGGGCCGCUGUGCUGCUCGCUGUACCCAUGGGCAACGUCCUUGUUAUUAAUGCCACCUUGAAGAUUAACAGUGAGGUGUGCAGUGUGAGGAAAGUGCAACUCAACCCAUCUUCCUAUGUGUCAGACAGUGGCUGGGGGGAGAGUGCUCCAGACACCUACAAGGAUCUCCAGAAGUUAUCCCGUGUCUUUAAAGACCAGCUUGUGUAUCCUCUGUUGGCGGCAGCCAGACAGGCUCUGGACCUGCCUGAUGUGUUUGGGCUGACUGUCCUUCCCCCGGAGCUGAAGCUGCGUGUUCUGAGGUUGUUGGACGUCCACUCUGUGGUCUCCCUCUCCGCUGUGAGCCAAGACCUCAACACAGCAACCAACGACCCCUCGCUCUGGAGGUUCCUGUACCUGCGCGACUUCAGAGAUUCAACAAGCAGAGACAGAGGGACGGAUUGGAAAGCUCUCUACCAGAGGACAUACAAGCAGAAGAGAGACAAGCAAUGUUACCCAAUCCGCUUUCAGCCCAAUCCGUUCGACCUGUUCUCCACCCAACACAACCCUCCCUACCCCUUCUACCCCCCGGGAAUCAUCGGCGGAGAGUACGACCAGAGGGCUGUGCUUCCCUACGUGGGGGGGCCCGGUGCCCCUCUUCUCCCAGGAAUCCUGCACCCCCCCGUUCCACGCUUUGAUCCCAUUGGUCCCUUACCAGGGCACGAGCCGGCUGCUCCCGGGAGAGGUGCGAUCACUCGUCGUUUACUGAGACCCACCAGCACCCGGUCUGCAGAUAUCCGCCGAGGCUUCAUUUGAGCUUGGGAAUAAAGGACUGCUGUUUC